UAUCAGUAGCAAUUUUUUCCCAUACAGCUGGGCUAGUCUGGAUGUAUUUGACAAUGUACUGUCAAAGUAUCCCUUUUGUAAACGGUAGGCUUUGGUUGGGUUUGUCGCUUGACGCGCGCUCUGUUCUGUUGCAAAGCGGCAAAUGCACCGUGCCACUUGGCAGAGUCGCACCUUCCAGAGAGGUCUCUGCCCUUCCCUCACCUCUUCUUGCACCUUCUUCUUCCUAUAUUCUUUCCUCCUCCCUGUAAUAGUUGGCCGCGUUUUUUACUUGUUUCUAUUUUUUUCUCCGACUUAUCCCCCCUUCUUUCCCACCUAUCAGCAUCUCGUCGCAAAGCCAACGAAAUAGCAAAAGCCCGUUUUCUUCUUUCGUCUCUCGAUGACAACAAACUAGGACCCCUCCCCCGCCCACUACACCACCACAGAGCGGAACCAGUGGAUGCGCCCCUCCCCCCUUGAUGGCCCUGGGUGGCGCCAACGUCAGGAACCCGACGACCGAAGGCUUCAGAAUCUUCCGUUGCCGCUGUCCCAGUGCCCCAAACAGGUACUUCGCUGCUACUUUUGUCUACGCCCCAGGGCCUAGAAUCUCGAAUUCUCUGGGGCCGCCCCACGACCCGUGGACCCGUAGUCCGGGUUUACCACCAGAACACACACCACAAUGGCGCUGGCUAUUGACACGCGGUCCGCCUUAUCAGGAUAGUUUUUACACACGACUCGGGAAGCCACCAUGUUCUAUAAAACCUCUUCACCCCUCCCACCCCUACCGUGUUCCGUCUCAUCGUAAAUCCAAAUAACGACACUCCUUGUUCGCUCUUCAGCAUCUUGCCAUUCCUUACUCUAUAGUCAUCGCGACUUAUACCAACGCUCCUUCAGCAACCAACUACUUCUUUCUGCUUCCUCACUCUCUAAGCAAGCAAAAGACUUACCAAACCACAUUCCUUCUCAUUUGAAAAUCAUUUAAGAUGCAGUUCUCUACCGCCGUUGCCUCUCUCAUUGCCGCUGCCGCUGCCGUCGCAGCCGACAACCAGGUCACCUUCUGGACCCUUGACAACACCCAGCGCACCAUCUACUUCACACCCAGCGCCGGACACGCCCAGAUUCCCAGCGUCAACGUUGACAACACCAAGAACAUCACCGUUGACUUCCCUCUCCAGUGGAUCGGCAACUGGUACGCCAGACCCGUUGGCGCCCCCAACACUCCGGGCAUGCUUGGUGAGGUCACCUUCAACGGCUGGAACGACAUCACCUUCUACGACGUCUCUGCUAUCGUUGACCCCACCGACAAGACUGGUGUUCACCAGAUCUUCCCUGCUGGCGAGCUUGGUCCUGCCUCUGGCUGCGAGGCCUUCCCCUGCGGCCACGAGUACGUCCUUCCCGAUGACGUCCAGACCAAGACCACCAAGGCCACCCACCUCAUCACCACCCUUGGUGAGGGCAGCACUGGCCUCGCCCUCUUCCACUAAAUGGGGUCACUUCUUCAUGACUGCACAUGCACGGUCGCAGAGUCUGGUCGGCGAGCCGAUCGUCCGCGACUUGCACUUGUGCCUCUUUUGAUUUUUCAGCAUCCCACAGAACGCCAGGAGCGGCUGAUGAAUAUGCUUCCUAGCAGCAUCUCUUAUAAAGACAUGUCUUGCAUCGGAUGCAGUUAUGAACCAAGAUCAUGAUUACUUUUAGACGGAUUUAUACCACGGACACAAAUUGGGCGCAACACCACUAGACGGACACUGUUUUGCUUUGGACUUUUUCUCUUUUCACCUUGUCUUUUCGCUUUUCUAGCAUAGUGUCUUUACACUUUGCGCCCCUCUCGCUCUCAACUACAGGCACUGUCCUGGCACUCUUUUACAAGUCGAGAUACAACAAAAAGCAAUUGAUACCCCCUUCACUUCACGUCAUUCGCUGAGAGCAAGUCACCCUUCCUUCGUUUAUAGGGAGACUUGGAAUUGGCCUAUGUCAUCUCUUUUGGAUAGCCGUAUAUACAAAUGAUAUUACUCACUC